UGCGGAAGCAGGGUCCCGUCCUGACAGCAGUGCACUACGGAGGGGAGGAGCGCAGAGAGGCAGCGCGCUACCUAGUGCACUCAGUGCGGAGUGUGCAGUGUGAUUAGGGACGAGCCGGGAGUUUGUGUUCUCGUCCUCUCUCUCUCUCUCACACACACACACACACACAGGGAGAGGAGCGGCCGUGUUUAUGGUGUAGCGCCAGUGUGAUUAGUGUGAGUUCCGUCAUGGCGGCGAGUGUGAAGCGCAAACAGGAGGAGAAACACCUGCAGCUGCUGCGCGAGAUGACCAGCCGGCCCGCCAACCGGAAAUGCUUCGACUGCGAGCAGCGCGGGCCGACCUACGCCAACAUGACCGUGGGCUCGUUCGUCUGCACCACCUGCUCCGGCAUCCUACGGGGUCUGAACCCUCCCCACAGAGUGAAGUCCAUCUCAAUGACGACGUUCACGCAGCAGGAGAUCGAGUUCCUACAGAAACACAGCAAUGAGGUGUGUAAGCACAUCUGGCUCGGCCUGUAUGACGAUCGCAGUUCUGCAGUGCCGGAUUUCCGAGAGCCUCAGAAAGUGAAAGAGUUUCUCCAGGAGAAAUACGAGAAGAAACGAUGGUACGUUCCUCCAGAGCAGGCGAAGAUGUUGGCGUCCGUCCAGGCUCCUCAGUCCGGAUCUUCAGCGAGCACCAGCAGCACUCCUGAAGUUCAGCCGCUCAAAACACUGCAGCUGAACAAAACACCAUCCAGCCAGUCUCCUGUGAUCAGUCGUUCUCAGCCUCAGGAGAAGAAGUUUGAUCUCUUGUCUGAUCUGGGUGGAGAUAUUUUUGCAGCUCCUCCAUCUCACGGCACCGGACCAACAAAUUUUGCAAACUUUGCACAUUUCAGCAAACCGUCAGGAGGGGGCGUGUCAGCUCCACCCCUACCCGGCAUUUCAGCUGAGGACCGAUACGCUGCUCUGGCAGAAUUGGACAGCGCUCUCAGCACCACUCCACAGGGUGUGUUUGAAGCUGUUCCCGGGGCUGCAGCAGCUCCGACCCCGCCCGUGAUUCCCAGCAUGCAGCAGGGUUUUACAGCUUCUACAAAUCCGUUUGUUGCUGCUGCGAUUCCUCCGGAGUCGAUGUGUACGAAUCCGUUCCAGACCAACAACAGAUCAUCAGCUACAGGUUCCAUGAGCAUGCCGUCUGGGUUCGGGAACGCCUCCGGUUUCUGCCUCCCCACCAGUUUCAGUGGAAGUUUCCCGCAGCCGUUCCCCCCGCCGCCGCCGCCGUACCACCAACAGCCUAACGGUGGGUUUCCUGUUUAUGCCCAGAAACCUCCGAUGAGUUAUGCCCCGCCCCCCGCCGUCUCCAACAACCCGUUCAUGGGCGGAGCUCCUGCUGGUCCAUAUCCCACCGGUGGAUCGUCCACUAAUCCAUUCCUGUAAAACACAGCGCCAUGAAACACACACACACACACACACACACACACACACACACACACACACACACUUACUUUAUAUUCAGUGCACUGACACUACAGAGAGGCACGUUCUGUGUUCCAGCGCUGUUUUUAGCUCAUCCUCGUCCUCAUAACGUGAUUAAAGUUUGUGUCAAGUCUUUCCAAGAUGCAGCAGAAGUUUUAGGGAAAGUGGACGAGGGUGGAUCGAGAGCAAUGUUGGAACACAGCCGUGCAGUAGAGACGCGGCAGACGGUCUUCCUGCAGUCCCCGCUCGGCUCCCGUCACGCUCCACGUCUGCACUCCAUCCUAUUUAUGGCUUUUCACAGUAAUUAAUAAUAAUAAUAAUAAUAAUGUCUUAGGCCUAGCAGUUCAGUGCUUAUCGCUAUUUGUAUAAUCCUUUAAAGAGAAGCAUUAUUUAUAUGAUUAAAAUAUCUGAAAGUGUUGAACUACAGCUGAUUUAAAGCAACAGUUUGGCCAAAAAAAUAAAACAUUCCACGCUGUCCAUCAGAAAGCGGACGAGACGCGAUGGCAGAGCGGCAAACGCUUCUCAGUAAAGCUUCAGUACGAUGCUAACGGUGUGUGACGGACGGUAAUCGCUACCAUAGCACGUGUUCUGCCCCUGCGCUGCACAGUUCUCUAUAAACAUGGACAAGGAAUGAAAUCACAAACCACAAUGACGUCACAAAAAUCUCCUGCCUCAGAAGCAGCCCGGGGGUGUGGCUUAAAGUCCAAAGGCGGAGCUUGUGUGUUAGAUUUGAUCCAGUUGUUAAGAUGUUUAAUAUAAAUAAUAAAUUAACUUUACGAGUAAACGAACAAACGCACGUUAGCUCCGGAGGGAACGGGCUGGUGUGGAUUUUAUAUUUGGCCUAAGUGCUGCUUUAUAAAGGACGAGGUUCUGAGGAACAACAAAAGGAAUUUAUUCCACUGAUUAAUGACCAGUGGCUCAGCACAAAGCAGACGUAGAGAAAAAGAAGCACAGAGACAGAAACAGGGUCCUCCUGUCACGUGUGUAUAUAAAUAUAAAUAUAUGUAUAAUUAUUAUAUUAAAGAUUUUUAACUACU